AAGAAUAUAAAACCAUAACAAUGUAAAGUUUGAGAAAAUCAGCUGCAAAGUUUUUUCUCAGUUUACUUUUUGAAAUGAUCUGAAACCCAUUAGAUCAUUUUCAGAGUCAUUUAAUUUAAAUAUCCAAAACAUAUCAGUGCUUUUUAUUGAUCUUAUUUAUUGUUGUUGGUUCUCUUGUUUAUUUGUAUUUCACUUUGAUUCACUGUUUUUAUCUUUGAGCAGCUUUUGUUUAAUAUAUAGCUGAUGUCAUGUUACUGUGAGGUUUUAUUAGUGGUGCUACAGUUGUGUUGGUACCAGUGUUGUCAUGUUUUUCAUGUCUCUUUAAAAACCAGUAGAAUAACAGUGGAGAUGAGUUUGGUUUCUUGUGUAUUUUUUCCAUUUGAGAUGCAGACAGCUGACAGAGCUUCAUCACAUCAUCAUCAUCUUCUCUUUGUGCUCUUCCCAUGAAAGUUAUGUUGACAUGAUGAUGUGAUCUCAAAGCAGCGCGACGGAUCGUAUUCAUCAUAUUUAUCAUCUGUUCCUUUAAUAAGCUCCACCUCUUACAGGAUAUCAUGUGACACAAAGCAGGAAACAGGUUCUUACUGUUCAGCUUCACUGGAAGGAGGCAGACAGACGCUUCACUCGGAGACAAAAUGGCCUCCAGAUCAGAGGAGGAUUUCUGCUGUCCGGUCUGUCAUGACAUCUUUAGACUUCCUGUUGUUCUGUCAUGUAGCCACAGCUUCUGUAAAGACUGUCUGAAGAGCUGGUGGAGAGAGAAACAAACAGAUGAAUGUCCAGUUUGUAAGAGAAGAUCUUCUAAAUCAGAACCACCUUGUAACCUGGUGUUAAAGAACCUGUGUGAGUCCUUCUUACAGGACAGAGAUCAGAGAGCUUCAGAGGCUCUCUGCAGUCUGCACUCUGAGAAACUCAAACUCUUCUGUCUGGACCAUCAGCAGCCAGUGUGUCUCGUCUGCAGAGAUUCAGAAAAACACACCGACCACAGAUUCAAACCCGUCGAUGAAGCUGCACGACAACACAAGAAGGAACUUGAGGAAACUCUGGAGCCUUUAAAGAAGAAGUUAAAGGUUUGUGAAGAAGUUAAAGUGAAGUUUGUUCAAACAGCAGAACACAUUGAGGUCCAGGCCAGACACACAGAGAGGCAGAUUAAGGAGCAGUUUAAGAAGCUUCACCAGUUUCUAGAAGAGGAAGAGGAGGCCAGGAUGGCUGCUCUGAGGGAGGAAGAGGAGCAGAAGAGUCAGAUGAUGAAGGAGAAGAUGGAGGCUCUGAGCAGAGAGAUAGCAGCUCUUUCACACACAGUCAGAGCCACAGAGGAGGAGCUGAGAGCUGAAGACGUCUCAUUCCUGCACAACUACAAGGCUGCAGUGGAAAGAGUCCAGCGCUGCCCCCUGCUGGAUGAUCCACAGCUGCUCUCAGGAGCUCUGAUAGACCAGGCCAAACACCUGGGCAACCUGACCUUCAACAUCUGGAACAACAUGAAGGAGAUGGUCUCCUACACUCCUGUCAUUCUGGAUCCAAAUACUGUUUGUCCAGAACUCAUCCUGUCUGAAGAUCUGACCAGUGUGAUACUAGGAGAGAAACAGCAGCUUCCUGAUAAUCCAGAGAGGUUUGACUUCCUCUCUGUUCUGGGCUCUGAGGGCUUUAACUCAGGGACUCACAGCUGGGAUGUCGAGGUUGGAGACAGUACAGACUGGUCACUGGGUGUGUUAUCAGAGUCUGUCCAGAGGAAGGGAUUCAUACAGUCUGGAUUAUGGAGAAUAUGGUUCAAUGUAGGUAAAUACUCAGCAUGGUCACCAUCAGCUCAGCCCAUUGUUCUUCCAGUGAAGAAGAAGUUCCAGAGGAUCAGAGUGAAUCUGGACUGGAACAGAGGAAAUCUGUCGUUCUCUGAUCCUGAUACUAACACACACAUACACACCUUCACACACACUUUCACUGACACACUGUUUCCAUACAUUUACACUGUGGAUGAACUGAAGAUUUCCCCACUGAAGGUCUCUGUGACAGUGGAACAGAGCAGUUAGAGACGAUGAUGAUGAUGAUGAUGAUGGUUCUUAUAAUUACUGUCAUUUAUUUCUUAAAGGGAAAAGUGGCUGAAUUUAACCUCUGAAGCUUCUGUCCUGCUGCUGUCUCAUUAUUCCAAAAUAUGUUCAUGUUGUUUUAGUUGUUUUAGUCAAAUAUAAAAUGCUUUCACUUAUUUUCUGAUCUUUAUAUUUGGUCUCUGCAGCCUUUAGUUCUUUAUUGAUAUUGUGUCAUUGUAAAUGGUUGUUAAUGUUUUCUGAUGUUGACUUUGUGUGGAUCCAUGAAGACCAGCAGCCAAGAAUCAAUUACUGUAUGUUGAACUUAAUUUUAAAUUCCAAUUCAAAUUAUUAAAUUUACAAACAUUAAAUUGAAUUCAUUGUUUAAUUAAAUAUACUGUGUGGAAAACUCUAUAUGAAAUUAUUCAAAAAUAUUUCUACUAUUUUUCAUUUGAUGUGAUGAAGUCAAAAAUAAUUCUGUCUGUAAAAGUGUUUUUAUUUACUUUUCAUCAGUUUGAAUUCUGUCUUUUAAUCAGAGGAGGGGUUUUAUUUAAGGUGGACAUGUGAGUUUUAAGGUGGACAUGUGAGUUUUAAGGUGGACAUGUGAGUUUUAAGGUGGACGUGUGAGUUUGGGUUCAUGUUGCUGAAGUUUUCUCUGUUGUUUCUCUCUGAGUAAGAAAACCUGCUAAAUGUAGAAAGUGUAAAUGAAUCCUGAUGUUUGCUGGAUGUUCAUGUAACCUGUAACCUGCUGUGAUUCUUUUCAACUGGAAAACUUUGUGUGUAAACCAAUAAAAAGUGAAGCGGGAAAUGUGUUCAGAUUUAUUAUUAUCAUGUUUUAGUUCUGACCUUUUAUCAAACGUAACACACGGACUCUACAGGACGCAUCACCAUUUUUUUGACUAUUUGUCUCUUUUCUCUCAGAACAAGUAGCCUUCAAAUCACACAAAUCUCCUGCUGUCUAUAUGUUGUUAAUUUAUUGAAAUAACCGUAUCUAUAAUGAUUGACCAGUUUUUCUGUGAGCUCUCUGGUUUCACUGCGGACAUACAGAGCUACUGUGGCCGUGUACAUACAAUCAAUGGAUCAAAAAAUAAAAACAAUACAGUUUUAUACCUUUAUACUCCUCAUGGAGCUGACUGUAAAAAAAUAUUUAUGUCUUUAUG